AUGCCGUCUACUGGCCGCGUCGCGCUCCUCAUGAUUGACUGGCAGCGCGACUUUCUCGACGAGGGCGGCUUCGGCCACUGCCUCGGCAACGACGUGGCUCCGCUGCGCACUGCGCUCAAGCCCGCUGCCGCCGUACUCGCGGCCGCGCGUGCCGCGGGCGUCACCGUGGUGCACACGCUCGAGGCGCACACCGCCGAUCUCGCCGACUGCCCGCCGGCAAAGCUCACUCGCUGCCCCGCCAUCGGCACCGUCCUCGACGCUGCCCGCGGCCGCGUUCUCGUCGCCGGCGAGCCGGGCAACGCGAUCGUCGACGAGGUGGCUCCCGUCGCCGGCGAGCUGAUCGUGCACAAGCCGGGCAAGGGCGCCUUCUUCAACACACGGCUGCACGACGAGCUGCAGCGCCUCGGCGUCACGCACCUGCUCCUGACGGGCGUGACGACCGAGGUUUGCGUGCAGACGAGCAUGCGAGAGGCCAACGAUCGCGGCUACGAAUGCCUCGUGGUGGCCGACGCGACGGAGAGCUACUUCCCCCAGCUGAAGCGCGCGGCGCUCGAGAUGAUCGUCGCGCAGGGCGGCAUCGUCGGCUGGGCAGCGCCCUCGGCCGAUGUGAUCGCCGCCCUC